CGCGCGCCGGCUCAUUCGUAACAGAAGCGUAUCGUGAGUGGUCGCGUCAAGUCAAAUUAAAAAUAUUUUAAACUACCCCCAAAUUGAUAUUUAUUUUACAUAAAUUAUUAUAAAUUGUGACACAGUGGUAUAUUGAAGUGCGGUUUAAAUGUAAUAACUAGAUAAAAGUGUCUGUGGUUUAAAUGGAUCACGUUUUUAGUAAUAAAAACAUAGUGAGUUCUCCCGUUAAUAUGUCAUUGGAACAUCAAAUACCGGUGCUUAUCCAAGAGACGCAGAUGAGUGGAGACCGCGCCGGCUCUCAGUGCGGGCUGUCGUCGCUGCUACCAAUGUCUUGCAGAGGUCGAGCUGCCGCCUUCGCCAGGGACCUCCAUUCAAGGCUUCGCAACCUUGGCGCCACUCAAGAUGGAGACUGUGAAAACAGUUGGCUCACUCAAGAAAACGGCACACACAAACCAUCAACGUCCACGCAACGAGACCUCGAUACCUUCUACGACUUUGAACUGGAAUGCGAAAGUCCGUCUAGUCCCGUUGAUGAAUAUAUUCCACCCUUCCAAGAACGACUGCCAAAUGAAUCCGAGCCGCGUUAUUAUGAUAUCGACCAAAACGACCCAAAGGAACAAACGAAAUUUAAAUUACGACAUCCCGAUAACGGGAAAAAUGGUUUUUUGUUCUCAACAGCAUUUUAUACCGAAUCACCUAUUAAACUACAACCUGUGCCAAAAGAAAAUGGACAUAAUGAUAAACCAAUGUUUACCCCUAUAACUUUUGAAGGCUGUGCACGACAUAAUAGUUUUGAUGAAGUGGAUUGCAUUAUUAGACCAUCACAAUUAGAAAAUGAAAGAGUCACAUUAGAGCCUCUAUGCUAUACUACAAUUAUUGAUAGUGAUUCAGAAUUUGAAUCUGCAAAAGAAGAGCCUUCACAAGAAGAGGACUUACAAAAUGGACAACUCCUAAAUAAUGACUUGAAUGAGAUGGUGGAAAAGAUAUCCCUGAAUGAUGUCGAAGAUAUAGUUGAAGAUGAAAAUAUUAUUGAGACAGUUACAGCCACUGACAUCAAUAUCAUAACUAAUGCAAAGACAGAAAAGGAAGAAAUUGAUGCAAGUAUUAGUACUGAAAUCGUUAAAUCCGAGAGUUCUCUUGAAACAGAAUUGCCUCAACCCGAAAUAGAAACUACUAUUUUAGCACCAAAGGAAGAAGAGGAUAUAGAGGAUGAUCGGCCACAAAGGGUACGGCGAUGCUCCUCAUUAAAAACGGGAAAAACUCCGCCAGGAACACCAGGUCGAAAGAAAAUUGUUCGAUUUGCCGAUGUGUUGGGACUCGACUUAGCAGAUGUCAAAACAUUUAUGGACGAGAUUCCUGUAAUCCCUAAAUCUGCUUAUGAUGAUCUCGCCGGAUCUGAUGUGCAAAAUUCUCCUCCGACGCGACCCUCUCAGAGGCUUGGUGCUCUAACAUUAGUUCCUUUAUUCCAACUCCCGCACGACGUAACAGACAAGCUGGAAAGACAUCACGUUUGUCUCGAAAGCGCUCGGGUUUGUGAUGGUGUCCACGUUACGGUUUGUGGGUCGGUUCGUGUCCGCAAUCUAGAUUUUCACAAGACUGUUCACAUCCGCUACACAAUGAAUCGGUGGAAGACUUAUACGGACCUGCAAGCUACUUACGUUCAAGGAUCGUGCGACGGUUAUUCAGACCGCUUUCAGUUUUUGCUUUAUGUUCCUUGUAUUUCAUCAGGUCAACGAUUAGAGAUAGCUGUGCGAUUUCAAUGCAAGGGUCAGCAGCUCUGGGAUAAUAACUGCGGGGCUAACUAUUGCUUUGAUUGUCUGGCUCUGGGUGCAUCGCUGACACCUCCAUCGCCUCUUCAUCCUACUAUUGACUGGCAUCCUUCUUUUUAUUGACUUCAGAAGAUGAUGGACUAAGAAAACGUUUAAUUCCUCGGCGGUGCGAGAAACAAGGUGGUUUUAUCCUGCAGUUAAGGAAGGAUGGAGCGUAUGGUGGCUCGUAGGUAAACCUGUUGCUGUCACAUUCCCGUCCCUGCUCCCGCUGCGAGUUCCUGAAUGAGACAACUAUCCCAACCUAUGAAGCGUCACAUAUGAGGCAACUUUGUGAUAUUGUAGAUUAGGAGUAGAUUGUAUUGUAGCGAGUGAUUGACUCGCGAGGAGUGCCAUUUGUAACCAUAGUCUUUAACUGAUUUGAAAUAUAUUUUGUACUGAAUAUAGAUAACGUCCGUGUGGACAAUAAAACUCGAAGAGUGAAUUGUAAAGGAGUUGCGUGGCCGGAAUGUACGAGCUACCAGCACUAAUUCUUGUUAAGUUGUUGAUUUAUGUAUAUACGAUGAUGAACUGAGAUCGAUUGUAAAACUAGGAAAACUAUAAGACCUAAAUAGCAAUACAAAAAUAGACUAUUAAUUAUAAUUAUCCAGAGUAGCUAUUAAAUAAUUGAAUGGUAAUAUGAUAUCAAUUAUUUUUAUUGUUAAAAUGUUUUUAAUUCGAAGUUUAUAAAUAAAUGUAUUUAAUGUUAAUCAUUAUUACUUUGAUUGAUACGAACAAUAUUUUAUAUUUUUAUAACCAAAAAUCCAUGACAUCGAAAUAAUCUUUGAAAUUAAAUUUUUUAACUGAUAAUUUGAGAUUCUAUUAGGUAUAUGAAAAGACUAAAAUUAGGAUAAAAUUCAAUAAUAAAUUAUUUUCUACUUUUAAGCGAUCAAUAUUUAUUAAGAAUAUUUUGUACCUGAAUUCUUUUACGCGGCCAUAUUAUAUUUUAUACUGAAAUAAAAUUAAUUUUGUCUAUGAACUGUACUGAUUGAAUUUUCAUUAUUGACUCCUGUUAUAUAUUAUGUAUGAAAGUCUAUUAAAUAUUGUGCAUAAUAGA